AUGGCGGGAAUACUCAAUCUCCUCCAAGAGUAUACUCACACGGCGCUCAUGCACGUUCCUGAGCCUGCACAAGCAUACUUGCGUCACCCACUGGCCCAAAAGACACUGGGUAUCCUCCUCGCCUUUGGCCUAGUUCGCAGCCUCAACAAGUCUCUCUCCCAAUGGACACUCAACAACUGGACGCAAAGUCCUCCAUGGGACUCGCAACGAGAACUCAUCCUCCUCACUGGAGGCUGCAGCGGUAUCGGCAAACAAGUGAUGCAAAACCUGGCCCAAAAGGGCAUCCGUGUAAUCAUUCUCGACAUCAACGAGCCCACCUUCCCUCUCCCCGCCACAGUGAGCUUCUACAAAGCAGAUAUCACCUCGUCCGCCAACAUCGCCGAGAUCGCAAAGACCAUCCGUGAAAAACACGGCGACCCAACCGUCCUCGUCAACAACGCUGGCGUAGGCCACGACGGCACCAUCCUCGAAGAACCCGAAUCCAAGAUCAGGCAAACCUUCGAAGUCAACACCAUCUCCCACUUCCUCAUGGUAAAGGAGUUUCUGCCUGCCAUGAUCCACGCAAAUCACGGCCACGUGGUGACCAUCGCCUCCAUGGCCUCAUUUGUUGCCCUGGGCGAAAUGGCUGACUACUGCUGUUCCAAAGCCAGUGCGCUGGCUUUCCAUGAGUCGUUGAGACAGGAGCUCAAGUCCUGGUACAAUGCGCCGGGGGUGCGCACUUCCGUGGUACAUCCCAUGUGGGUGCGGACGCCGAUGAUCAAGAUGUUGACGGAUCACGAAUCGCAUUUCCGGCAGCCGAUCAUGACGGUGGAGUUUGUGGCGGACGCGAUUACGAAGCAGAUCUUGUCGCAGAACAGUGGGCAGGUGAUUCUGCCGCGGAGCCAGUCGGUGGCUAGUGCUGUGCGGGCGAUGCCCACGUGGAUGCAGGAGGGCGUGCGAUCACUUGCAUCGGGUUCAUUGCGGGCUAUGCGUGAAGUACAGCAGAAGGAGGCGUUGUGA